CGUGUUUAGCAAACAAGAAGUUGAAGAGUAGGCUGUCGACCAGCCAGGUAGAGGAGGCCUUGGUUCAACAGAAACCUGGGGUAGAGUAGGCAGGAGCAACGCGCUUGACGCACACUAUGCGCACGAGUUCCCAUACGGAAAGAUGUACGUGAGUUAUCUUUUGGAGAAGGAACCCAGCAUGUACCCAAAUCCAGUGCGACAUCCCAGCCUCAACUUGAACCAUCAGAACUUUGUCCCCGCACCUCCGCAGUAUUCGGAUUUCAGCGGAUACCACCACGUUGCUGGGAUUAACAAUGACCCUCACCACAGCCAGACGGGGGCCUGGAACCCCGCUUACCCGCCGAGCCGGGAAGAGUGGUCACCCUAUGGGCCGGGGACAGGACCGUCCACAUCUAAUCCGGGGCCAAUAGGGUAUAGUCCCCCAGAGUUCUCUCCAGUCCCACAAUCCGGUCUUCUCCCGUCUAUCAACUCAUCUGUUGGGCAGCUGUCUCCCAAUUCUCAGCGCAGAAACCCUUAUGAUUGGAUGAGGCGGAGCGUACCACCGGCAAAUUCAGGUGGUAAGACAAGAACGAAAGACAAGUACCGGGUGGUGUACACRGAUCACCAGCGGUUGGAGCUGGAGAAAGAGUUCCACUAUAGCCGCUACAUCACCAUCAGGAGGAAAGCAGAGCUGGCCACGUCUCUCAGCCUCUCAGAACGACAGGUAAAAAUCUGGUUUCAGAAUCGGCGUGCCAAAGAGAGGAAAGUGAACAAGAAGAAGAUGCAGCAGCCUCAGCCUGCGUCCACAACAACACCUACUCCCCAGGCUCUGGCAUGCCUGGCAACGUUGCCAUGGUGACCAGCAGCAGUGGCGGCUUAGUGUCUCCGUCUAUACCAAUGACUAUCAAAGAAGAAUACUGAGGACGAUGGUCUGACGUGACGGGGGAAAAAAAUGACUUUUGCCAAAUCUAACCUGCAAUAGCGACCCCCCCCCCCCC